AUCUUGGUAGUGGAAGAAAAGCUUAACCCAUCUUCCUUAUCAAUGUUACCUGGGUCAUCACUUGUUGUUUGAAGGUGCCCCCCCUCUCUGCUUUUAGGGUCAUAUAUGUUAACAAAAGAGCGCCAUCAUUUCCAUCCCUUCUUGAUUAGUUCCUUGGCUAUUGAUUAACCUUGAAUAACUCGAAUUGCACGUCUCCUUUUCUAUUUUGCAUAAAAAAAAUUCUAGCUUGAUACAAAAAAUGGGUCUCUCAAGUCUCCCAACUCCAUCAGAAGGAGUGCUAUGUAUACUCUUGGUGAACACAGCUUUAUCCAUAUCUAUAGUUAAAGGCAUAAUCCGUUCGAUCCUUCACAUUGUCGGUAUCCAUCUCUCGUCGUCAUCCUCCUCCUCAGAUUCUGCUGAAAAUCUGUCGGAACCUUUUGAGUUCCACCUCAAUACUCCUGAUAGUUACAUUGAGGAGUUUCGGAGUAAGACCCCGGCGAUACAGUUUGAUGCUGUGUAUAGCUGCAAGCGGCCACAGCAUGACUGUUUGGUUUGCCUGACUCAGUUCGAGCCGAAAUCGGAGAUCAACCACUUGUCUUGUGGCCAUCUCUUUCACAAGGCGUGCUUGGAAAAGUGGUUGAAUUAUUGGAAUGUUACAUGCCCUAAAUGCAGGAAUCCUCUGCUGCCUGAAGGGUUUCUGAUGUUACAUGCAGUCUCUAUAGUUCAUGGAGAUUUUGUUCUCUUUAUUACAGCCUUGUUCAUGGAGAUUGAGAAGGUUAUCCAACGUCAUGUCUGCAACAAUAACAGCCAUACAAAUACUGCACGCUUCUCUGCUUGUACUACAAAAUAUGAACUCUGAUUUUGUCUCUAUAUUAUCAAAACAUCUGUUCCCAACUCUCAUGAGCACCACCUGCGGGUUUGGCAUUAACUCGAUUUUAAUUUUCAUGACAGACAUUUGAAGCAGAUUCAUGUCGAGUAACAUCAAGGUGGUGUCGAGUUUUUGACCUGAGUUUUUACAAAGCUGCAUCCAUAAACCACACCAGAGAGGUUAACUUGAAGACAUCACCAUCGAAAUGAAUGUUUCCAUGUGGCCCCUGUUCUUUGAUGAUCAUUCAUGUAUUUUCUUGACAUUUUCUUAUGACCUAAAAGCCCUUACAAUGGACUAAAUCUACUUAUUAAGGCAAAACAGUAGUACCCGGAUCAAUAAAAAUGCAAGAAUCAGUAAAAAUAUUAACGCUC